CCAUAAAGAAGAUAAAUCAAUGCGAUUGAUAGUAUCUAUGAGAGAAACUAUGGGUUCAUCAAUAGCGAAAUAUAUCAUGAACAUAACAAAAUCGUUAGCAGAUAACGCACGUUCAGUCAAAAAUACACAAGGUUUAAUAAACAAGUUGUACAAACUUAAAGUUAAAAAAAGUAGUAAACUAGCGAGUUUAGAUGUUAGCGAUUUAUUUACUUCGGUCGAUCGAAAGAAAGUGUUAGAUACGUUUAGCAAAUUGCUAGAUAACGAUGAGUCGUGGAAGACUAAAACGAGUUUGAGAAAAGAAAGCCUAAUAAAAUUGGUUGAAUUUUGUAUAGAAAAGGUUAGUUUUCAAUUUGGAAAUAAUUUUUACAAACAGAUUAAAGGUCUGCCGAUAGGGUGUUCAAUCUCGCCAUUUCUAGCGGACAUAGCUUUAAAUGAAUUUUUGUUGUAUAACUGGGAUUAUCAAAAAUAUCCUUAUAUCGGAUUAGCAAGAUAUGUUGAUGAUAUACUGUUAGUUUCAAAAAUGGAGAAAAAGGAAAUCCAGGAAUUAGUAGCAGAUCUAAAUAGAAAAAACGAUUUACAAUUUACUUUUGAAUAUGAAGUAGAACAUAAGAUAGCAUUUUUGGAUGUCAGUAUUCAGAUCCUAGUACUAAUAGUACUACUUAUGUGUCUAAAGUGAUAGCAGGGGUGGAGACCGGGAUAUAUAAAAAGAGUUUAGGAGAUAAAGAAGAUAUUGUAAGUGAGGUGAAAAGAGUACUAGAACAACAGCUAGGGUUUGAUAAAACAGGAAGAAGUGAAAAUCUUUCGAAAAGUCAACGAAAAGCGAUAAAAACAUUGAAAGAAGAUGAAAAUACCAUCAUUAUACCAACGGAUAAAGGAGGAAAAGUUGUAGUCAUGAAUGUAGAGGAUUACAUUAAGAAAAUAAAGGAGAAAUUAGACACAAAAGCGUAUCAAAAAUUAGAUGAAGAUCCAUCGAAAGGUAUAUAUAAACGAUUAGAAAUACUGCUAUCAGAAUUAGUGGGAAAACAAGAAAUAGAUAGAGAUGAAAUGAAUAUGAUGCUUGAAAAUAAAAACUUACCGUUUGUUCGGGGACAGUUAAAGGUCAUAAAGAAGAUAAAUCAAUGCGAUUGA